CUUCUGUCUAGCAAUUGGUGGAAAAAUGUGGAUCAACCUCAGCCUCAAUUGCUGACCCCCUUGAACAACGUUAUGUGCCAAAAAUGUAGCGUAUUACUGUAUUAAAUUCGGAAUGUUAAAUGUCUAGACUAUUUUUAGGAAUAGUAGGUAGUACACAGUUUAGUAUACGAGUAUACAAACCACAACUGCAUCGUACAUAAUCCUCCUGUCCAACAGAUGGCGCUAAUGGCUGUUCUGCCUGCAUUAGUACAUGUCUGCGAAAGAAGGAAGGACUGGCAGCUUAGAAAAUAAACAAAAGACGAGCGCAGAUUAAUAAAUGUUUUUGACGUUAACUAAAAUCUUGUAACUACGCUUUUGCAGUUUUUAUUUAGGUUGAUCUAUAAGCAAGGGCUGUUCGACUGGCCAUGAAUCCCGACCUAUCGCUGCGAGUGAGCGUCUUCUCCGAACAAGGAGGAAGGAAAUAUAUGGAGGAUUUAACGGAGGUGAUCGUGGAGCUGGAACCCAGCGACGAUGAGCUGCGAGCGGCAGGACACACCGAUCCAAAGCCGGACCAAGAGCCUGUCUCUGAAAGCGACCCGCCGGACUGCACAAGCAAGCCUUUACCCGUCACGGUAACGUGGAGAAACACACUGUCGACCGAUGAGAGUGACGGCACAGAGGAGCCCGGGAGUCAACCGGCGCCAGCGGACAGCAGGAGAUCGGUCGCGUUCUUCGCCGUGUUUGACGGCCACGGAGGGCGAGAAGCCGCGCUGUUCGCUCGAGAUCACCUCUGGGAUUUUCUCAAGAAGCAGCGGGGGUUUUGGUCGAAGGAUUACCGGAAAGCUUGCGCCGCAAUUCGCAAGGGUUUCAUCGCAUGUCAUCAUGCGAUGUGGAAAAAGCUUCCUGAAUGGCCAAAGACAUUAACUGGGCUCCCUAGUACUUCGGGCACUACAGCCAGCGUGGUGGUCAUCCGAGGGGACCGCAUGUUUGUGGCUCAUGUCGGGGACUCAUCUGUCGUGCUGGGUGUGAGAGAAGAUCCCUCUGACAAAGUCAUCAAAGCUGUGGAGGUCACACAAGACCACAAGCCCGAACUCCCGAAAGAGAAGCAGAGAAUCGAGGGACUGGGUGGCAGUGUGGUGAAGAAGUCCGGUGUGAACCGUGUGGUGUGGAAGAGGCCUCGGCUAACUCACAACGGCCCAGUCAGAAGGAGCACCCCGAUCGAUCAGAUCCCCUUCCUCGCUGUUGCCAGAGCUCUGGGUGAUCUAUGGAGUUAUGACUUCUACAGUGGAGAGUUUGUAGUGUCUCCUGAGCCUGACACCAGUGUGGUGACCCUUGACCCUCGACGGCAUCGUUAUAUCAUUGUUGGCAGUGAUGGCCUUUGGAACAUGGUGCCACCACAGGAGGCAGUGACUGUGUGCCAGAGCCAUGAUGAAGCUGUGGCACCUUUCGGGAUGUCGGUUGCACGUCGGUUGGGGUGCCAUGCAUUGAUGCGAUGGCGUCAGCGGAUGCUCCGUGCAGACAACACCAGCGUUAUAGUUAUUGCCCUUCCUGAGCCUGGCAAACCCCACCUACCUAUGCACAGAGACGAGGUCAUACUUAGCCUGGCAGAGGGCCCACACUGUGACCCUGCAAUAGGAUCCCGCUCCAUCACACCACUCAUCAAGACCCCGGAUCCAGACCUGUCCUCAGCCAGCAGUGAGUCUUUGCCAGCCCUGGAGAGGAGGAACGGUCUAUCAGGAGUGAGUCUGUGCGCAGAACCCCCGUUAGAGGAAAACCUCCCUUGCACUGACCUCACAGACAAAGCUGCCUUGACUGUGUGCCCCAGCGAGGGCAACCGGACCCCAGAGAUGCCCCUGUCCUCAUCGGAUGUGUCAAGUCCGGUGGGGAAGAGGCCCAGACGGAGCCCCCUCACUCCGAGCAGCUCCCGUCGGAGGACUGGUGAACGCUCCGUACCCAAACGCAACACCGGCAGGACUCCCAAACGGACCCCCAGCGUUCCUAUACUACAGCACCGCAAAGCAACCCUCUGCGUCUGCUAAACUUCUCCAUCAGACUCAAAGAGACAAACAAAGAUGGAUGCUCAAUCUACAUCCUGUUUUCUGAUGUUCUGCAUGGUCACAUGAAUAAAUAACUGCUAUUAUUUGUGUCCAUGUUUUGACUGCGUGCCACUGUUUCUGUUUGUAAUGUAGGAUUUGUUUUUAGUCUUGUGUUUUUUCUUUAAUUUUAAUGGUGUGAAUUCGAGAGUAAAAAGAAAAUCUCCUUUUAGCAAUCAGAUGUAUAGUUGUUUUUUUAUAUUUAAAAAAAUAAACAAUCCAGAUCAGUCUCUCCAGAUCAGGAAAAUUCAUUUAAAGGAUGUAUUUAAUCGUUCUCCUUUUAAAGUAAACAGCAUUAUUCUCCAUCUUUUAAAUUUCAUGAAUUGCUUGUACAGAUUUUCACAAAAAAGACCAAAAAGUUGGAGGUAUACAAUAUAUAUUUUUAUACUUGUUAUAUUUUUCAAAAUACCCAAUUUACUUGCCCCACAAUGCUUGUGUGCACAUUUGCCCUUGCCAAUAUACUUUAUUGUGCAUUAAUUAUUCACACCAGUAUUCAAUGUAUUUGUUAGCGUCAUCCUGUCUUUCUAAUUUUGAGUUUCUGCAUUUUUUUUUGUUUUAAGAGAGAAUGAAAACAGUUAACUAAUCUGACAUAUCUCUGAUCAUCUGACUACAGAGCAAAUUUAUUUAUUUUCUUUUCAUAAAAUUUUUGUAAAGUUUGAGGAUUGCAUGUUCUGUUAUAUCCUUAGGAACGGUCUUUUUCUCUGGACGUUUUGUUUUUUGAGUGUCCACCUUUUUUGUAUGUAUUUCAAUAUUGUAAGUUAUUUAAUAUCAAUAAUGUCUGUCAAUGUAAAGCAGAUAACAUAUUCCAACACCAGUUCCAGAGCUAAUGUGAUGUGUGGUUAUACGGUGAUGUUUAGACGGAGGUGUUUACCGGAGUGUACAGUACAUUUUAGCGGGAUGUUUGCUGCCUCAUGGUCUUUUUGAAGGAGAUUUUCCAGUAAACUCUCAAGGUGGAAAAUAUGUUUUCAUAGUGUUUUUAUCCUUAGAGAUGAACUAUAGUGGCAGCUUUGGUUUGAGUACUCAUGUGAUGUUGCCUGAACGACAGUGACUGUUCGAUGGACUUAUACAUACAGUUUCUUAAAAAAAUCAAAUUAUAGUUCAAAAACAUCUACAAAGGCCCUAAAUAAUUAAAUUCGAGAAAAAAAUAUGAGAUAUUGUUUUUUUUUU